GUUCCAAAAUUAACAAGAAAAAGAAUGUUUGUGAUUCUGAUAAAUAAUAUUUUUGUCACACUAAGCCACUCCGCAACAGGUCACCUUAAUUUGUUCUCAACAACUCUUUCGAAAUAACCUAUCGGUGCGCGCUUUUGUUCAUUUCGAUAGAGAUCUGUAGUUGAUAUCGUUCGGUUGAGUCCCCCCUGUAUACGAGUAGUUUAACCUACAUACUGUAUCGAGCUCGAACGAGUGAUAUUGACCGUUGUGGAAUUGUGCUGGUGUUCCGUUGUAACGGCUUUUGUUUCGGAUAGUCGACUGAAUAAGUAUAACCGUUUCUGUCGAUCGAUAACUUCUGUUAUGAUACCUUCGUGUCGGAGGGUCGAGUGAAUAGUUGCCUCUGUCGUUCGAUAACUGCUGUUUCCGUCGUGCGAGCAGUUGUCCUUUUAUUGAGGGAUGAGUUACGAGUGGGACGAGUACGAGCGAAGGGUCUAGUUCCGCGCUUUCCUCCUCUUCUGUCUUGCUCUUUACUUGCACUUAACCUAUUUUAACUGCUUUGCCGCCAUAGGGUUCUGCGCGAGUAGCCUUUUUAGGCUACAGUGGGGGCUUGGGCUGGAUGCGAUCUCCUUUCGGGCUAGUCUUGGUGAACCGGUAUCCUUGGUCUGGACUAGCAUGGUGACCGAUUGGAGGUGCGAGCACCCCCCCGUGCUUCUCCAUCUUUGAAGCCUGGGGAGUGGGACGCCCAUGACGGUAGGAUCCGUCGUGGGGCCUUAGCUAUUUGAUACUGAUAUAUCCUUGCUUUCUAAUUAAAUGCUCGAGCUCGUCCUAACCGUCUUUACGAAUAGUACCCAACGAGAGUGGGUGUGAGCGUAGCGCCUGUGGUUCUCCUCCCCUGCAACCUCAAGCUUCCCUUCAAGGUCAAAAAUCAGAUAGAGUAAGGACUACUUUGGAGCACUUUAUCAACAUACACUAUUUGUGAUUGCUGUGGCUCGUCAAGUACUUCUCCUUGAAUCAAAAACCUGCUGAGCUUAGUAAGUGGAGACUUUCGAAGUUGGCAGUCAUCAAUAUACUUCUCGGAAGAUUUUGAGAAAAAUUUUUCUUCUGAGAUCACCACUUCUUAUCUAGAGUUAAUUCCUUCAUCGAAUAUCUAGAGAGCCUGAGAUGUCCUGACUUCCGGUGUACCUACCUGUCCAAGAGAGGAGGCGUAUUUUUGUAAGACACACUAGAAUCACCAUGACGCGGAGGAUGUGGAAGUUUGCUGGUGCGACGGCACUUACAGUAGUCAGUGUGUCUGCGAGCUCACAAACAGCCUUCUUGGAAGUGCAAGAAACCACAACGGGAUCCAAAACUGAAGAUUGUCAACGCCUUUUUUUUCCAGGAACAAUCCUCACCAAGCUCCAAGAGAUCUGCGGAGUUUUAUGGCCAUAUUUUCCUUGUUAUAGCGAAUAUAUGUGAUGAGAGACAACUUAUAACAACCACAACAUGUUGAUGAGAACCAAAUAGAACUACCUGUAGAUAAGUAGAACAGUCACUCGAGGAGGAUCUUUGUCGUGUCAGGAUGAAUAAGAUCUCGAAAUUAGCAAGAUUCAAUUAGUCUAUGACGAGAAGUUCAUGAAAUACUUGAAUACUUUGAUAAAUGCUUGCACUUGGCUGCUGUCCCUGUGAUAGCUCGUUCAACACUUUGAACCCUUCAUACUUGAGUGACGCUGAUCUCGAGGAGAAAGCUCCGGAGUAUAUUGCGGCGAAGAAAGACUGGGAAAGGGCGAAGAGAGAAGGGAUAGAGGCGGAGGAUGAUAAUGCUGAUGAUAAGAAGGAUGACGCAUGGCAGGACGCAUGGGCUAAUCUAGGUGUCGUUUCAAACGAAUUCCUGCGAAAAUAUGGGCACCGCAAAUCCGUAAAGUUGUACACACGCGCCGAUGGUAAAAAUACCUAACUUCAAUUAUUCGCUAGAAUCAUUGUUGUCAUGAAGAAGACUUUGGUCUACUACUAGUUCUUGUGUGUCCGACUGCCACGACUAGUCCUUGUAUACUACAGGACAAACACCGACUCCUCGUGAAACCGACUGCCAAUACUAGUUCUUGUAUACUAUAGUACGAACAAAGUAUAUUACUAGUUCUUGUAUACUACUACUACUUCUUGUAUACUAUAGUGCGAGCCAAGAAAUAGAAUCUUCUCUGGUCUAAGUGUUUACGAGAUAAGCAAUAUGGGACUCGGUUGAAAGUGACGAGUGAUGUUGUGAAAAAAUUCUUUACGUAACAUUCAUGGUAGUUUUUCCUAGGUAGGUCCAACGGUGUAUUUAUUGCUACUCUCUUUUCAUCCCAUCUGUGAAGUAUUUUUUUCGACUAUUUAAGGUUGACAAGGUUAUUGCUACUCUCUUGUUUUUCUCUUGUUUUUCUAUCUUCAUGAACACUACAAAUACCUCUCAUACUAAUCAUGCUGUUCCUUAUCAUCUAUCACUUUCACAGGUGAGGUCGAUUUUACGAACGCUGAGAACAAGGAAACGAUCAAGCAGAGUUGCUGCUUCAUAGUGGACCCAUCAGUCUCUGCACCUCGUCCUUAUGCUGCUCCUACCGCGGGUGCAACUGCGGCCGAUGACUCCAACAAGGACCCCAGCUCCUCGUGUUGUUAAGCCAAGGAGCUUCUCGUAGCUCCAGUCUCGCACUAAUAACUAUUGCACUUACGACCGGCGACUUAACCCUUAAUAACAUAUAACUCUCAACGAAAUGAACGGAGGGACCUAGCUCUCUCUUAGAUUCAGGCACAAUUACAACAGCGAGGCAUUAGGACAUUUCUACAGGAGGACUAAUGAUUCUGCUAUAGUUCCAAUAGCUCAUGUGCUUGCAAUAACUACUGAUUCGGGAACAAUAACUGAGUUAGUUGUACGUCACUGCUGCUGUAAUGAUUCUGAUUGGUUUAUCCCUACAUUGCGCAAUCCUUUACUCCAGGAUAGGAACCCAAAUGAACAAGACUGGUUUCGAUUUCAAUACCCUGCGAAGAUCAAGCAUCAGGCACCGUACACAGGUUGAACUGCACCAUUGCGAUAUAAACUGACCUGAUUGAAUGGCUGCACUGAUGCUAUCUGUUCGUAGUUGAGGUAAAAAGUGAUCACAAAAAUUUGCUUGAUGUGUUAGUUAAAACUAUUUUGCUCUAUUUUGCCACGAGACGAUGCUUCCACAAAUGUACUUGAUAGUUCGGAUGUAGUUCUUGUUCCCUCUUCGGAAUACUUGUCUGUCAUCCGAAGGCUUGUCUGAU